AGCCAUAACAAUGUCGAAAGUUCAGAGUUUUUCAUUUCCAGUUUUCUCUGCGCUUUAACAUCAUCAAUAAUACGCUGCAAUCAUGUCAUCAUCAUUAGCAACACUCAUUCUAUCAUCGUUAUUCAUAGUUUCCUUCAUAGUUCUCCACCUUUUCUUCCCCUGCAGAGCCGAUGUUGGAACCGCUGCUAGUUACUCCCCUCCAUAUUUACCUUCGAAGUGUUAUGGGACGGAAGCCACAGAGUUCCCAUCGAGCAAUCUGUUUGCGGCGGCGGGAGAUGGAAUAUGGGACAAUGGGGCAGCUUGCGGUAGGCAGUAUCUGGUGAGAUGCAUCAGUGCAGAGCAACCAAGGACCUGCAUUCCCGACCAAAGCAUUCAGAUCAAGAUCGUUGAUUACGCUGCCACCGCUGUUUCGGCCGCCUCGGCUAGCGGCACUACCUUGGUGUUGUCCGACAAGGCAUUCGGCAGUAUUGCCAAUACAACUGCCAUCUUAAUCAACAUAGAAUUUCAACAGGUGUGAUGAUUGGUAUAUGUAGCUUCGGCUAAUGCUGUCUGUAUUGGGACCCUGUAUUAUUAUUGGCGUGGCGGCUCAAAAGUGGCAACUCUUGAAUCAAGGAAGAUAUUUGUCUAAAGAAGGCAGUACGUACCUACGCCGAAGCUGCCUUCAAUUUUAACAUUUCAAGUGUACGGAUUUCUCAACUAUUUAUUUUUGUUUUUAUUUUCGUGGUGUGUGUGUGUAUUUUUUGGAUCUGUGUAGGGACGGUUGCUUUGGAUAUUAGAAUCAAGUAUACCAAGGCAAAUAAGCUACACAGGAUGUUUCUACCUCACUUCUGCCUUUGGAUGCUUUUGGAGUGGCAUUUCAACAUUUAAAAAUAUUAUAUGUAUAAAAAAA